CUGGUCCGCGUGAGGGGGGCGGGGAAACUCGCGUCUAGCGAGCUGUCAAAAUGACGCGAGAAGGAGGCGGGCAGACAGACAGGCAGGAGCUCCAUAUGGUAGUGUCUUAGGUGCCUUGGCUCGUGCCCGCUUUCGCGCGCUCACCUGUCUCCGGGCUGACGUGCGGGUGCUAGAAGGAGACGGCUCCAGUACCCUCGUGCCCGCGCCGGGGUUGGCUCUGAUUGCAGUGCGCCUGGGGGUGGUGGUGGUGGUGUGGAGUGAGUCAGGGCCUUACAGGGGAGAGGAAGUGGAGCGGGGGAGGGCCACGCACGCGCCCCGAGUGGAGGGGAGGACACAUCCGCGUCCCCCCGCCCCCCUUGAGGAAACGAAGAGGAAGAGGAGGCCGCCGUGCUGCCGCUGCUCGUCCUGGGUCCGCUUCCCCUUCCUUCCUGACCGGAGCGCCCUCCCCCUGCCCGCCCUUCUCCCGGACUGAGCGAACGUGUGAGCAGUGAUGGCGGCCGCCGGGGCUCUACCCAAGCACGAGCAGAUCUUGGUGCUCGAUCCGCCCACCGACCUCAAAUUCAAAGGUCCUUUCACAGAUGUAGUCACUACAAAUCUUAAACUACGAAAUCCAUCAGACAGAAAAGUAUGUUUCAAAGUGAAGACUACAGCACCUCGCCGAUACUGCGUGAGGCCAAACAGUGGAAUUAUUGACCCAGGAUCAUCUGUAACUGUAUCAGUAAUGUUGCAGCCUUUUGACUAUGAUCCAAAUGAGAAGAGCAAACACAAGUUUAUGGUACAGACAAUCUUUGCCCCACCAAAUAUUACAGAUAUGGAGGCUGUGUGGAAGGAAGCAAAACCUGAUGAAUUAAUGGACUCCAAACUGAGAUGUGUAUUUGAAAUGCCUAAUGAAAAUGAUAAGCUGAAUGACAUAGAUGCAAGCAAAUCUGCUCCAAUACUGAAUACAGCUAAACAGGAUGGUCCAAUGCCAAAACCACAUAGUGUUUCACUUAAUGACACUGAAACAAGGAAGCUAGUGGAAGAAUGCAAAAGACUUCAGGCAGAUGUGUUGAAAAUUUCAGAGGAAAAUAGACAUCUGAGAGAAGAAGGCCUGAGGCUGAGAAAGGUGGCACACUCGGAUAAAUCUGGAUCAUCAGGCUUGGCCCUUCGAGAUAAUGUCUCCAAUCCUCUUCCCUCACUUCUUGUUGUAAUUGCAGCCAUUUUCAUUGGAUUCUUUUUAGGGAAAUUCAUCUUGUAGAGAGGGAGAAAGAAAGAAGCAUGCAGAACGCAGCUUCCUUUUUGUUUUUCCUUGGCCAGAAAAAGUGUAUUGACCUACCACUUCAUGGGUAGUAUGGCCCAAGUGACCAUUUUUGUGUACAGCAUCAUACAGGCUUUGCCUCUAAUGAUCUUGCACGGUUAAACAUCACAAUAAAACAGACAAACUGUUCGGCUGCUGGACAAAAUUGUAUAUUAAUUCAUCACUAGCAGGUGUCAGUUGCACAUCCAGUCCUUUAUGAAAAGUCAUUAGAAAAGAAUUGUUCUUUCUUCUGUGGUUUUAAUAAGAGCUCAAAAAUUGUUCAAAGUCUUGUAAAUGUUGUUUUAAUAAUCCUUUUAAAAUUUUAAUCUGUUGCUCUUGCCUCUUGGAAAAUGAUUAUUAGAAUGCUAAUCCCACUUGUUCAGGAAUAUGAAGAGACAUUCUGUGGGGAAGUUGUUCCUCUUGGAGUGUAAAUUUUCUCCCUUACCUUACUUUGCUAAUAUCAUGGCAGAACUUCUUAUCCCUUGUGAGGCGGUUGUUGAAAAAGUAUUUCAUCCUUAACAGCCCUGUCCCAUGGUAUUUAACAUACAAAAGAAAUAAAAUUGUUAACAGACUUUCUCCUUGGUAGUUUGUUUCUGUGGACUGUACUUUUAGAAAGGUUUUCUAACCAAUUUUAUACAUAACCUGCUUCUUGCGACAGAUGAAUAUUGUUCAGUUCACUAGCCAUAGUGGCUUGGACUGGUGCCAGUGACAUUUUGGAAGAAAAGUAGUGGUUUCCAUAUCUUUUAACAGUAGCAAUGAUUUCUGGCUUUUUAGCCAGACAAAAACAAAAGGCCAGAAUUUGAUUUGUUUGGGGACAUGGGAUUAAUUAUAAGAAGCAGAUAUUUUACAUUUGUCUUAAAAUAUUGCUUGGCUUUGCAAGUAUUGAGUAGGCAACUUUGUGUUGUAUCACUGAUGUUCCCUUAUCUUUCUGGGGUCCCCAGUAUUUCCUUUAAUGAUUAAUAGUCUGUUGUUCAAAUAUUCCCCAGAACUACGUUUUGGGUAACAAUUCCAAAUCAAACAAUUCCUACUUUUAUGAUAUAGAAAAUUUGAUAUUGGCUGAGCAACUUUGAUAAUUUGAUUUUUGUGAGAGGAAAAUAAAGCUUCAUCCCACACAUGUCUUGGCACAGUUGCCCAUUAGCUAUGCAUACUUUCUGUGUUCUCGAAAAUUCAUUUUAUUGAGUCUGAACUGUUUCUCUGCACUUGUGGCUUGUUUCAUUUUUGGUCUUUGUCAUUAAGUAGCUAUUUUUUGAAAGCACAAUAAGCUGUUUUUAAUUGUUAUCCAUCCUAGAGAAUUAUUUUAAAACUGACAUUUUGAAAGGCUUAAUCCUGUAAGCGAAAUUUUGUAUAUUCUUGGAUAUGGUGCAGCUAAGCGUGUUAGAUCUUAUGUAGCUGAGAAAUGUUCUAGCAAAAAUAUCCAUCAUCUUGGUUGCCUUUGAUUUCUAGUGCUUUUUAAAUGGAAGCUGUACUUGCAUCAUGUAUUGUCACAGCUCUUUCUAUGGUAAACUUUUUUUUAAAACAAAAACCCUCUUGCAGUUUGCAAAGAAGACAAUGAACAAACCACUGCUUGAUGUUUCACUUAAAAGCAUGCAAAUACAGACAUUUCCUUUUGUGUGUGUUCUGGAAUCUGCAUUCAAGUCUUCUCCUGCCCUAGCAACUGGAAGAAGUAUGCUCACGUCUGGUUCUCACUUCAUCAAUUCUAAAACUAAUAAGACUUUUCAUACUGUGGUGCGUAAUGGUACGUCAGAAGAAAUCAUAAAUCUGCUCCUUAAAGGAAGUUGAUCACUGCAAGAUUACAGGGUGGGGGGGAGACUAACUUACAGGCUGUAACUUCUCUAGAUAAAUUUGAAUAUUUCUAUGUGGAACAGGAAAACCCAAGAUAUGUUUACUGUUGAACUAGUGUUUACAGAUGUUUUUAGUAAUGAUUACACAUUUUAGGGAUAGAGAACAAAGUAAUCUAUCAAAGCCAGACUGAACUUGGAUGUACGGUAUCGGGAAGUAUCCCGUUGCGGGAAUGAUCUCAUGCCACACACAUAAUUAAUUACUAAAGUCUUCAGUCUAUCAUAAGUAGAGAACAAGUAAUUAAUAAGGUUAUGAGGGUCUGUUUGGGCCAUUUAGUGGUUAUAAAUUUUAAAGGUAAAUAUCAAGUGAGUCAAAGUGCAUUUGGGCAUCAUAACCAGUAUACAUACAGUGAGGUGCUCCUGCUUAUAUGGAUGCGCUUCUGGUUUCUAAUAAUCCCUUCACAACUGUAUAUAAAAUGUAAUGCUAAACUAUUUUGCUCUCAGGAGUGAUUUUGGAUGAUAUCAACUGUAUUCAGUGACAUUAUGUAAUAUGGAUUAAAUUGUCUGUUCCUGAAA